CCUUGUCAGUUUGUCUGUGAGUCACUUGCUGCUCUUGUUUGGAUUCUCCUCACUGAAACGCUGAUGAAGUGCAGGAUAAGAGCAACGCCGCAACAAUUCCGAGUGUCUGGACCCUGCAGGGCAAACAGAGCUCAAGAGCACCGUCUUCUGGCCAAACAGAAAACGUCUUGGGAUUCUGGUGGAUUACACUGUAUCAGCUUCAUGUAAUCCCUCCAUUUUUUUAAGGAGCUCAGACAUUUCUUUGUGUAUCUUUUUUGUACUUGGACAAAUUCUUCACAGCUCCUUCUGCCAAAAGCAUGUCAAGGAAAAUGACUUCAUAGCCACUGACUGCAGGUAGAAUAGAAGAAAAGGAACAUAAAGCAUGGAGGCUUCAAGUUCUGCUCAUGCAGGGACUCUCCGCUCUACACCCAUAUUCCCCACCUCUCCCACUCCGUCCUAUCAUGGCUACCUGCAGUUCUUCUGGGAGUACCAGGAUAAUUCUGUCCUUGUGGAGCAUUACAACUACACUGGCAAGCUGCAGAAAGACCGCUACCGUGAAGGGCUCAAACCUGAGGGUAUUGCAUUCCUGGUGGUCUGUCUCCUGAUCGUCCUGGAGAACGCUGUGGUUCUCAUCGCCAUUUGGAGGAACAAGAAGUUCCACCUUCCUAUGUAUUACCUACUGGGAAACCUGACUCUGUCUGAUCUGCUGGCUGGGAUUACAUAUAUGGCCAACAUCAUCAUGUCUGGACCUAACACUUUGAAACUGACACCGUUGCUAUGGUUCCUCAGGGAAGGAGGGGUCUUCAUCACUCUGGCUGCCUCUGUAAUUAGUCUGCUGGCCAUUGCAAUUGAACGUCAUGUUACCAUGGUGACUAUGAGGCCGUACCAUGGGGCGAAGCGGGGACGGAUGUUGGCACUGAUUGGUGCAAGUUGGGCCCUUGCAGGGUUUUUGGGGGUCCUACCAAUUUUGGGAUGGAACUGCAUCCACAGACUGGACCAGUGUUCAAUAGUCCUCCCACUUUACGCCAAGAGCUACAUCCUCUUCUGUGUAUCUGUGUUCAGCGCAGUGCUCCUGGCCAUUGUGGUCCUUUACGCCAGAGUUUUUCGCAUUGUCCGAACCAACACGCAGCGCCAGCGGCUGGGCCUGUCGGGCAGCAUGAGGAAGGGCUUAGCGAGGAAGUCACAGAAGUACAUCGCCCUCCUCAAGACAGUCACCAUUGUGCUAGGCGUCUUCAUCGCAUGUUGGCUGCCCCUCUUCCUCCUCCUCCUCCUGGAUUUUUUUUGCCCCACCCGCAGUUGUGGCCUGCUCUACAAGGCUGAUUACUUUCUGGGAGUAGCCAUGGUCAACUCGCUCCUUAACCCCAUCAUCUACACUCUGACAAGUAAGGACAUGAGGAGAGCUAUUCUGAGGCUGCUCUGUCGGCCAUGUCUGAUGACCAGAGAUGGCCAGGUGAAGAAGAUCGGGAUGCCAUUCCUGGAGUGCAGUUUCAGUAAAACUGAGGUGGCAUCCCAGAAGCUAGAGGGGGGAGCGGAGACGACCAUUUCCUCUGGAAACGUUAUCACCACCCCAUCUCCUAUUAAGGCCCUUUACCCCAAACUCUUCAAGUCAUAAGGACUAAUACUGAAUGGGUUUCCCACUGAACAGAGGACAUGUAGCACAUCUUCUAUAGACAGGGAGCAGUUGUCGUAUUGUUACAUUUGGAGCAUAGCCAGAAACAAGGUGAACGAAAUAGUAUGGAGGCACAAGAGACUCAAAUUUAGAUGGUUUCACCUUGACAAAGACGACGUGGUUAUAGCAAUGUAACCACAUGAUGAUGGCUACAAAACAAAACGCCACAAGGACGCCGCUCAAAUGUGAACGUACAUGCUGGUGAUGAGUCUCACCAACUAAUUUGCACUGACAUAUCACAAUGAAUGAAAGGGGCAGCCUUGGAUUCCAUUUUCCCGUGGUUCUGUAGUUUGUGUGGAAGUCUGGAAGGAGACUCCUGUAAACUCAAAAACUCUUGUGACUGAAAAAAUGCAACAUUCUAACCCAGACUUGUCAUGUUAAUUGUGUUUGGAUUUUCCCUUUUUGCAGUUUGUUACUGAAGUGCCUUAAACACCUUUAAAUUGUACAGUGUGCAUCUGCAGACACCUGGAUUUCGCUGGUUCGAGAGCCCCAUGGUGUGCUAGAUUUGUCCAGAUAAAACAGUGUAGAGCACUUCUGCGUGUACGUGCGUACGUGGUGCAGGGAGAGUUAAAGGGAGACAGAGAGAUACCAGGAAAGAGAGAGGUGGCACUCGCUCUUGACUGCUCCUACAAACACAGCUCAGUGAAGAAUGCCGGGGAGUAGAUGUGGGCUGGAGGCGCAGCAUUAAAAUCCCCCAUUGUUUUGAAGCGACAGAUGGUUAACCUAUCUGAUGCUGAGUGGAAAGAUUUGGGGUUUUGUGUUUUUUUUAAAUGUCAGUCUGGCAGAUGCCAGAUGCAGGAGAACUGCUACAGGAAAAAAAACAACAAUGAAAUGUCAUCGUAUAAUGUGAUUCAACAACAGAUGCAACCAGAAACAUCUUUCUUUCCAUCAUGACUUCUAAGCAUAAGCCCAAUAAGUUAUUACUUCAAAGAUUUACAACUUGCAAAUAAAGUUGUAGAUGUAAUUAAUCAUCAUCCAGCUGCAUCCGGAUUUUUAAGGACAAGAAUGUGCCUGCACUUGUAAGCUAAAUCAUGCAGAAAAAGUGCAAUUACGUCCCUUCACUAUCCAUCAUGUUAACAGAAUAUUUCUGGUUAUAGUAUAAGGUACUGAAUUUUUCUGAUUAUACAAUGAUUUUGUACAUAUGUUUUUUUUAGUGCAGUCUUUUGGACCUUUUGAUGAACAAGGCAAUGUGCUUUUUUGUACUGUAAUUUGUGUAGUGAACUUUUUGUAUUCAUAUCAUCUGUAUUGUAAAUUAUAUCUAUUUUAUAUCAAGAAACGGCUUACCUUUCUUUUCAUAAAAGAAAUAAAAUGAUUGCUU